CGCCAAAGUUAGUAGUUGCACUGCGGCCAGCCAGGUAGCUUACGUAGCCUUCACCGCUUGAUUGCUGCGGCUCUUUCCAUCACUGGCGCGUCUAAUUUUAAGACCUGGAAUAGGCUACUUGUUUAAUAGCACCUAUUUACCUAUAGCCUAUAAAUUAUUUGAUUUGUUUUCCGGUUUUCUUAUUAUGUCUUGGUGGAACACAUAAGCUAAGUCGUCAUAGGUUAAGGCUAUUUAGGGAUAGUUUUAGAGCAAGUUGGCUAUUAUUUGCAUCAGCAGUUAGCUUUCAAGCUAAAUUAAGAAGUCUGUUUUGAUGCCUGAUUUUGAGCAUUUCAGAUUUUCAUACUCAAGCAUGAAUCCAUUAUUGGGGGAGAACGCGUUCCUGGUUCAGCAACAGCAGCACAACCAGAUGGGGAGCCAUUCUGAUUAUUCCAUGACAGGCCUAGACUCAUACGGUGCAGCUGACUCAGGCUUCAUCUUGGGCGAGCACAACGGGUUUGGACAAGAUGGCAUAUCUGGCCUGGACAUAAAUUCGCUGCCACCUUCAGGACUCGCUUAUUUGCACCAGAACCACAUGCACCGUGCACCGCCGCCCCCCGCAGCGAUGGCUCUGCGUAACGACUUGGGUUCCAACAUCAGUGUUCUCAAGACCUUGAAUUUGCGCUUCCGUUGCUUUUUGGCUAAAGUUCAUGAACUGGAGCGUCGGAAUAAAGCUUUGGAGAAGCAGCUUCAACAGGCUUUGGAAAACAAUGAGGACAAUUCAGAAGGACACGGGAAAAAGCCAUUGACUAAGGAAAUGGGAGUCCAGACUGGUUUCGUAGGGCCCAUCGCAGUUAGGCCCGGACAUAUCCCACUCCAGAACGUCAAUAACUCUGCAUACCUGCCUGGGGGUCUUCUCUCUCCAUCACUCAACAGGCCUACAACUCCCUCCUUUGAGUCCAACAGCAAAUCAGUAUUUAGGAACUCGACUCUGACUGACUCGAAUUCCAACCUCAAUUCCAACCAACUCACUCCACAUAUUUGCCUCAGUCCUUUAUUAACCCCUACUGAUACUUCCAACCCUAUAUCCAACAUUAACGAGAAAUAUGUCAGUUCUGGGACUGGUAUGUCUACUAACCCGCCUCCCCGGUUCCUUCCCGGCACCGUUUGGUCCUACAACCACGACCGCAGGUUUGGCACUGGGAGGGAGUCGCGCGUAACAGAUAUGGGUGUGCCUUGUGCCCAAACGGACGGCGUAGGUGUUCAAAUCGACACCAUCACCCCUGAGAUACGGGCCCUGUACAACGUGUUGGGCAAGGUGAAACGAGAGAGGGAUGAGUAUAAAUGCAGAUGGGAGGAAGAGUACACAGUCCGAGUGGACCUCCAGGAGAAAGUGGCUGAGCUGGAGGAGGACCUCCAGGAGAGUGAGGUGUGUCAGGAUGAGCUGGCCCUCAGGGUGAAACAGCUGAAAGCUGAGCUGGUCCUUUUCAAAGGCCUUAUGAGCAACAACCUGUCGGAUCUGGACAGUAAGAUCCAGGAGAAAGCCAUGAAGGUGGACAUGGACAUCUGUAGACGCAUCGACAUCACAGCUCGCCUGUGUGAUGUGGCCCAGCAGAGGAACUGUGAAGACAUGAUCCAGAUCUUCCAGCAGAUGGCCACACCUCCUUCCACUCUGACCCGCCGGCCCCGGAAACAGGCGGCCCAAUCGGUUAAAGGCGGCGACGGGGACGAACCAACCAGCAUCUCUGAGAGCGAGGCGGGCAAGGAUGAGGAGUCGUGUAGCACGUCAGCCAAUCAGAUCAACGAGGAAAUGCAGAGGAUGCUGAACCAGUUGAGGGAGUGUGAGUUUGAGGACGACUGUGACAGCCUGGCCUGGGAGGAGACUGAGGAGACUCUGCUGCUGUGGGAGGACUUCCCAGGAUACACUCUGGGGGCAGUGGAGACACAGGGGGAGCAGCAGGAGGAGUCCAUAGAGAAGGUAAUACAGGACACAGAGUCCCUCUUCGAGACCAGAGAGAAGGAGUAUCAGGAGACCAUCGACCAGAUCGAGUUGGAGCUGACCACGGCUAAGAGUGACAUGAACCGACACCUGCACGAGUACAUGGAGAUGUGUUCCAUGAAGCGAGGCCUGGACGUGCAGAUGGAGACGUGCAGGAGACUCAUCACCCAGAGUGGAGACAGGUAUCAGACACCUUCGCAUGGUGCUGAACACUCUAAACGCUCAAAAAGAUACCCUAGGAAGUCUCCCCCUCUCGUUACUGCGGCCAUGGAGGACUCUGAUGACGGAGAGAAGGAGAGGAGUAAGGUGUCCCCACCCGCAGACACUGAAAGUGAUGAACCCUACUGUGACACCAAGGUUAAUAGUGGUACGGUCCCUCACUUACCAUGGAGGAAGUCCUAAUCCUUACUGAUGAUGCCCUGUAGAUGUACCAUAGUCUGGAUAGUGCUGUUGUUUACAUUUUUUUUGCCAUAAAUUAUGUAAAGCCAGCAGACUCUUUCCAGGGCCAUAAAUCACCACUGCCCUCUUGUGGUUCAGGUUAUUACAACACCUAAUCUGAUAGGACUAAAUGGCAUUUAGAAAAGGAAAUCAAUUGGAUUUCUUAACAUUGUGAUAUUUCUAUGAUAUGAACGAUCAAAACAUAUACCUUUUUGUUAAGUUUGCCCAUUGAUCUUGCUAUAUGUAUCAAGAUUCAACCGAAAACAAUUUGCACACGGUUUUUGUGGAAUAAAGGCCUUAUGUUACAUUGCAGUUACAGAUUUGAAACAUCAGCAGAAUUUUUGAAGGCAAACAACAACAAAAAAAUGCACCAUUGGCAAAAAAUUGUCACAGGAUAAGUCAUUAUCUAGCAGUCUGUCAUAUCUGAACAAAAUGAACAUUUACAGUUUGCUAAAGGGCCUAGCUGUUGAUAGCCAUCGAUGAAAAUCUAUUUUCUUUACAGUUAAUAUCCUUCUCAUUCCAUUUUCCCCAUUUUGAAAGAAUGGAUACAAGAAGCAUAUAGAAAGAUUCAAGGAUGUAAAGCCUUUUUAAUCAAUCUCACAACAUUCAUAUGUACACAUGUUAUUAUCCGAGAGGUUCACAACAUUCAUAUGGACACAACAUGUUAUUAACAGAGGUUCACAACAUUCGUAUGGACACAACAUGUUAUUAACAGAGAGGUUCACAACUUUGUUAUUUACUUUGCUUGGUUACAUAUUCAUGCACUUUAUUUAUUUCAGCCCUUUUUCAUUCCUCAUUGAAAUUCAGAUAGCUACAGUAUUUUUUUUUAAAUGAAUAAAUAAUUUAUUUUUAUUGCUAUUUGUUUUUGACAGUUGAUAUGUUUUUUUUUUUAGAUGAAAUGCCCAGCAUAAUAUUGUGUCGUUUUGCAAAGACAAUUCACAAAAGCAAUCGAUAUAAUUAUUCUCAAAAGUUUAGAGUUAAAAGAAAACCAUUGGGACCAUUAGCUUUGUACAGUCAUGCACAUUGCUGUAAUCCCAAACUAGAACCAAACAUAGGAGCACACUGCAUGUGGAUAGUGUUGAUAUCACAACCCACAUAAACGCGUCCUAUAAAAGCACUCACUCAAUGCAAGUGAAAACAUACCCAGUCAGCAGUGAAUUCAUCUUCACCUGCAAUGGGGGGGGAAAAAGCUCUCUGAUUAACCAACGGUGAAUCAGACUGCCGUUUGGUGCGCUUUAAAAAAAGAAAAUAAUGGAGAGCCUAAAGAGGUAUGAGUUUAAAGGCUUCGGACAAAGGGACAAGCUAGUAUACCUGUUGGUGUGAUUAAUCCUAUUCAGGUCGAUAAAACAUACGGCUAGCAGGCGAAUAACUGCUUUAGGAGCUCGUUCAAGGUCACUCGGGAACGGUGACAAGUUUUACGUAGCGCGCGACCUUCAUUUAUCUGAGCACGGGUAGACCACCGAGUGUGUUUAACCAUUUGCUUUGUGAGAUCUGUGGUGUUGUGGUUGUAGCAAGAUUUCAUUGCACUUGAACAUGCUCAAUGUUUACAGUUGGAGGAAAACGUAAACAACAAUCCUAUCUAAGGGCUCGAUUCAAUCAGCGCAGAAGAUCGGCCUUUAUCGCACGAUUGACAUUCAAAGGUUUCUGUGUUCGCGGAGACCGCACAUUCACGGUAAACGCUACUCAUGUCGGCUCAAUUGAAAAUGACCUUUACAUUUCAACCACACGAUUCAAUCGGGCCGCUCCUUUGUUUAUUGAUGUCUGAACGCGUCUUGUAAAAAAAAAAUGUCCCUCUACUUUGUACAGUUUUGUAAAUCUCCACAUCUAAAAGUUGCACAAAAUGAUCUGUGUUGAACAGUAAUUGUGACGCUGUGUACAAAUGCUCAAAUAUAACAUCUUCACUAGCUGUUAGCCUACUGAAUGUAAAUAACAUGUAAGUGAACACUCUGAAGACGAAGCCAUGUAAGAGAUUUCAGAAAGAGAUUUCAGACAGUAUGGCUGAAAAGGUGUCCCAUUGUAUUGAGAGUGUCUUUGGGUGUUCUCAUGGAUACACAAAAAGCUAGUAUACCUGUUGGUGUGCAUGUAUGUAGGUUACCUCUGUGGAUAUUAUUUUGUGCAGGGUUUAAAAUGACACAUUGUGAGUUUCUGAGAUACACUGCUUUGCGCAGAAUCUAAUUCAUGGGUUAUAUACUACUUCUGGCAGUAUGAAUAUUUGUCUGUGUAUCUUAAACAUUCACAUUGACUCUUGGGAAUGCCCUAGCAGUAGGCUAGACCAUCUAUACACUAUAUAUACAAAAGUAUGUGGACACCCUUCAAAUGAGUAGAUUCGGCUAUUUCAGCCACACAUGUUGCUGACAGGUGUAUAAAAUCGAGCACACAGCAAUUCAAUCUCCAUAAACAAACAUUGGCAGUAGAAUGGCCCGUACUGAAGAGCUCAGUGACUUUCAACGUGGCUCCGUCAUAGGAUGCCACCUUUCCAACAAGUCAGUUCGUCACAUUUCUGCCCUGCUAGAGCUGCCCAGGUCAACUGUAUUGUGAAGUGGAAUCGUCUGUCCUCGGUUGCAACUCUCACUACCGAGUUCCAAACUGCCUCUGGAAGCAACUUCAGCACAAGAUUUAUUUGUCGGGAGCUUCAUGAAAUGGGUUUCUAUGGCCGACCAGCCUAAUAUCACCAUGCACAAUGCCGGCUGGAGUGGUGUAAAGCUCGCCGCCAUUAGACUCUGGAGCAGUGGAAAGGCGUUCCCUGGAGUGAUGAAUCACGCUUCACCAUCUAGCUAGUCCGACGGAUGAAUCUGGGUCUGGCGGAUGCCAGGAGAAUGCUACCUGCCCCAAUACAUAGUGCCAACUGUAAAGUUUGGUGGAGGAGGAAUAAUGGUCUGGGGCUGAUUUUCAUGGUUCGGGCUAGGCCCCUUAGUUCAAGGGAAAUCUUAACACUGCAGAAUACAAUGACAUUCUACACGAUUCUGUGCUUCCAACUUUGUGGCAACAGUUUGGGGAAGGCCCUAUCCUGUUUCAGCAUGACAAUUCCCCCGUGCACAAAGCGAGGUCCGUACAGAAAUGGUUUGUCGAGAUCGGUGUUGAUCAACUUGACUGGCCUGCACAAGGCCCUGACCUCAACCCUAUCGAACACCUCUGGGAUGAAGUUUAACACUGACUGCGAGCCAACUCCAUGUAACUGGCCAUGAUUUCAGAAUGAGAUGUUCGACGAGCAGGUGUCCACAUACUUUUGGUCAUUUAGUGUAGCAUCUGCAAGUAGUGCACAAAAGGCAUAAAUCUGGUAGCCAAAGUUCCAGAAAUGCGUGAAAAAAGGAGAUAUCUAUAGGCCUACACGUGAUGAUAAUAAUAAACAGAGAUAUCCACAUACUGCACCUUUGGCCAUGUAGUGUAUGUCUGUCUAUAACAAUUGCAGGAAUUGUUUCAGAGUUUACUUGUUCAACCUCUCUGGGGAUUCAAAACAUAUCUUUCAUAUGAUAAAAACAUGAAUGUCUGCCUAGUCAUUUCUCUAAUCUUUACCACAAAAAACGUAAACACAGAUGAAUGUACAGAAAGAAGCAAGCCACACAGCAAAAGCAGUCUGAAGACUUCUAUCACUAUAGCGACCAAUAGACUACCAUACCUCUUCAUGCAACUGUGUACAGAAGCUCAGCAAGUAAACUUUUGAAAAAAAAUCGAAAUGUAAAUAAAUCGAUCUGUUGAAAUGUGAAUAUUAGUAACAGCCGUGAAAUAACACGAUUGUAUGUGGUCAGAGUUAAACAUGACAUGUCCAGUCUCAACAUUUUUUGAAAUGCAGGUGAUUUUUUUUCCAAUAUGAAUUUGUCAAACAGCAGCAUUGUAAAGGAAGAUUAGAAUGAUUUAAGGGGUUGCAAACUAUGACAUGUACUCCUGUGAGACCAAUAUAUUUGAUCUGGGACUGCGUGUACACUGUAUCUGUGUUACUGAUCAGCCUCUAGGUUUCUGGAAACAAUCUGUCAAUGUAUUAAUGGAAGUGGUGUACAGAAUAAAAUGUCUUGAAGGAGACUGUGGUCCCUG